GGGACAACUCCUGAAUUGCCCAUCGACCAUCGACCAUCGACCCUCGACGGCAUCGACACUUGUCCUUCUUCUCUUCCACUCCCGUCUUCGUCGCAUUGUCUAUUAUCUAUUGUCUGCCUGAUGGGUGUUCUCGAAAUGGUCACCGGCCCAUUGGGCGCGCAGAUAGCCCAGCAAGGGGCGAUAGCAGUCGGCGCCGCUGGCUUCGUCGCAUUUAUCGUUCUGGCAGUUGUAUUGAAUGUUCUGCAGCAAUUGUUGCUCAAGAAUCCGAAUGAACCUCCGGUCGUCUUCCACUUGUUUCCGAUCAUUGGUAGCACGGUAACUUAUGGUAUCGAUCCGUACAAGUUCUUCUUCGAAUGUCGAGAAAAGGUACCUACACCUGCGCUCGCAGAAACAACCAGCAAACUAACACCUGAUUUAGUAUGGCGAUGUCUUCACUUUUAUACUCCUUGGAAAGAAGACAACGGUAUACCUUGGGCGAGAGGGCAAUGAAUUCAUUCUCAAUGGCAAGAUCAAGGACGUCAAUGCGGAGGAAAUUUAUACCGUUUUGACCACGCCGGUCUUUGGAUCGGAUGUGGUUUAUGACUGUCCAAAUGCGAAGUUGAUGGAGCAGAAGAAGGUCAGAUUCUAUCCCCAAAAGCCAUAUAUCAACUAGCUAAUUAUGGUUGUGUAGUUCAUGAAAAUUGGCUUGACCACCGAGGCGUUCAAAUCCUACGUUCCAAUCAUCCAAGACGAAGUCGAAACAUUUGUAAAGCGUGCCGCACAAUUCAAAGGCGCAAAGGGUACUCUCAAUGUACCAGAAGCCAUGGCUGAAAUCACCAUCUAUACCGCCUCUCACACCCUCCAAGGAAAGGAUGUUCGUGAUAAUUUCGAUUCGGAUUUUGCUUCACUCUACCACGACCUCGAUAUGGGCUUCAGUCCUAUCAAUUUCAUGCUUCACUGGGCUCCUCUACCUCACAACCGUGCGCGCGAUCACGCUCAACGAACCGUUGCAAAGACUUAUAUGGAAAUCAUCAAGAAGAGACGUGCUUCCGAUAAGGGAGGAAAAUUGGAUAUUAUGUGGCAGUUGAUGCAAUCGAGUUACAAGGACGGAACCCCAGUUCCAGAUAAGGAAAUCGCCCACAUGAUGAUUGCACUGCUCAUGGCUGGACAACACUCGUCAUCUUCAUCUAUAUCCUGGAUCAUGCUUCGUCUUGCCGCUCGACCAGAUAUCAUGGAGGAACUCUAUCAAGAACAAAUCAAUGAACUCGGAGCCGACCUCCCUCCUCUUAGAUACGAAGACCUUUCCAAGCUUACUCUCCACAACAACGUCCUCAAGGAGGUUCUGAGAAUGCAUACGCCCAUCCACUCCAUCAUGCGAAAAGUCAAAUCACCUAUGCCCAUCCCGGGUACGAAAUUCGUCAUCCCUACUUCGCAUACACUCAUGGCAUCACCUGGGUGCACAAGUCGUGACGCUGAAUUUUUCCCCAACCCAAUGAUGUGGGAUCCUCAUCGAUGGGACGCCGGCUCAUCCGGAAUCGUCCACACGGUUGUUGAGGAAGAGAAAUUCGAUUACGGUUACGGACUCAUCAGUAAAGGUGCAUCGAGUCCAUAUCUUCCAUUCGGUGCCGGUAGGCAUAGAUGUAUUGGUGAGCAAUUUGCGGGCGUUCAACUCAUCACCAUCAUGGCGACCAUGGUUCGUGAAUUUAAGUUGAAGAAUCUGGAUGGGAGUAAGGAGGUUGUUCCUACAGAUUAUACCAGUCUCUUCACACGACCAAUAGUUCCGGCUGUUAUUGCGUGGGAGCGAAGGGACAAGGCAUAG